CUAUCGAACUACCAAAAUUGUGUAAAACUGUAAAAUCCCAACCAAAUAAUAUUUCUAAACUUAGUAUAGAAAGGAAAUGUCAAAGGCUGUCCGCGAUAUGUUUACACACGCCAUUACUACUAUUCUUAUGUUUCAAACAAUCUAGAGAGAGUCAACUGGGCAGUCCAGUGACGGAGUUGAAGGAAGUGUAAAUGAUGUCAAUUUGGUCAACCAAUUUUCGAGGCCUAAGCAGACGUUUAUGUUUUUCCACCUUCCCCUUUAAUCACGUCUGCCUAUUAUUCUCCAUCUCCUUCAAUGUAGUAGUAUAUCAAUUCCGCAGUCCAGUUUCGUACAUAUACACGGUUAUAUUUGGCAAAACCGGGUUAUUGUGUUUAAUGGAUGACCAACUGCAAGAGAUCAAUCAGAGAGCCGAAUCCGAUGAUAUAUCAAAUUCAAGCAAUAAGGAGAGUAGGAUUUCCGGUGCCAAGUCGAAAAUGGACGGGGUAAAGAAAUGUCCGUCGCAUGUAAUCGAGGUGACAUGCGAUGAAUUUCUGGUGGAAAAUCAGAGAGUGUGUAGAAUAUGCCAUUUGAAUGGGAAGGAGAGUGGAGAGAAUUCGGUGGAGUUGAUCGAGCUCGGUUGUGGAUGCAAAGGGGAGCUCGGAGUUGCUCAUUUGCGUUGCGCUGAGGCGUGGUUUAGAGUGAGAGGAUAUAGAAUGUGUGAGAUAUGCAGUGAGACUGCAAAGAACAUCACUGGGCUGGGAGACAUCCAGUUCAUGGAGGAAUGGAGGGAGUCUCAAAGCCCAACAGGAGAGCGCACAAGGUGGUUGAGCGCCCACCUCUUGUGUAGCUUCUUGAUGGCGUUUCUGGUAAUAGCGUUCGUCCUCCCAUGGUUUUUUCGCGUAAAUAUCUUGUGAGGACACGGAACCGAAUCCUCAAUUUUGACAAAUUUUUGGAGAUAAUUAAGUUCUUUGGCAUGGCUCGCAUAGUCUUCUUGUUUUGGAUGGUGAAGUAAGAUUUUGUUACUUAGUAUUUUCAAGAAAUGAGCUUUCAUCGUGUAAUACAUAUAUCGAUUGUUUUGUUCC